AUGAUUAUAACAAAUUUAAAUCAAGAUAAUAGUUGCCAUGUUAAUGGUUUUGAAAGUUUAUUAAAAAGAGCAGUUGAUUGUACAGAUCAGAGUUGUUCUAGUGGAGCUUACUUUGUAGAGCAAAAUGAUGGACAAGCUCUAUAUAAUCUAGGCACUACUAUUGGAGGGCCUCAAACAACGGUGCAGAUGGGCAAGACAACUGAAUGGAGUGAGAGUCGAUACGCAAUACUGAUCGCAAAAGGUAACUAUACAAUGAAUGGUUACUUUAAAUUAGGAUAUUAUACUCAAGUAGCUGGUGUUAGUGAUAAUAGUGAUUCUGUUAUAUUAUCUCCUGGUAUAAAUGUCUUAAAUAAUUGUGUUAAAGCUUUUAAUGCUGAUGGGAGUCAAAAUUCUAGAUGUUAUGCUCCUGGUGGACUUGAUAAUUUUUGGCGCAGUUUAUCGGAUUUGAAGAUGAACAUAGCUAAUGAUCCGGUAUUACGUUUUGCUGUAUCUCAAGCAUCGCCAAUUAGGGAUAUCAAUAUUGAAGGGAGUGCGGGCAUAUUAAUGUGUGAUUGGAAUACAGACAUAGGGUGUGGUUAUACUAGUGGUGGCUUUAUUGAUAAGAUGAAAGCAUCAAGCAUUGGGUUUGGCUCUCAACAACAAUUUUAUAUAUCAAAUUCUCAAUCUAAUCAAUUAAUAGCUGGAGCUUGGAACAUACUGUCUAAUAAUAAUAAUGUAGAUAGCAUAACGGGAGCGGGUGAUGUUAAUGUACAAAAUAGAUGGCCUGGAUAUCCAUUUACAAAGAUUGAUGAUACUACAAUGACUCGAUUUCAAAAGCCUAAAUUAGUAAAAGAUGGAGAUCAAUGGCAUGUACAAUACGAUUAUAAGGCUAGUCCGAUUAGUGAUUUUAUUGUGGUGCAACUCAAUCAAAAAGAAGAUCGAACAAAAAUAUCUUCAUAUGAUGUUCAUAAUAUUAAUAAUCAAUUAAUAAACAAAGUAGGUAUGAUAGUUAUGCCAGGUAUUUAUGAUCUUGAUGAUACACUGUAUAUACCUAACAAUAAAAUAGUAUUAGGUAUAGGUUUGCCGUCAUUUGUUUGCCCACCUAAUACUGGGAAGUGUAUGAUAACAGAAAGUGAGGGUAUAAGAAUAGCUGGAUUAGUAUUUGAUUCGCCAGUGGCUAGUUCUUUAGACACAAAUAGUGAUGCUAUAAUUUUGAAUAUAGGAGAAGAGGGAAGUGGUAUAUCUACGAAUCCUGUUGUAUUACAGGAUGUGUAUUGUAGAAUUGCACAUAUAAAACCAGAACAAAUUGCUUCUUCCGCAUAUAGUUGUGUUAAGGUUAAUGCAGAUUAUACAAUUGGAGAAAAUUUGUGGCUAUGGAGAGCUGAUCAUGAUGCGAAGUUUAUAAAUGUAUUAGCAAAUGCAGCUAAAGCUCCUUACGGAUUAAUAGUACAUGGAAAUAAUGUAAAAAUGUAUGGUUUAUUUGUAGAACAUUUUCUAAAUUACCAAACUGUUUGGUUUGGAAAAAAUGGGCAAGUGAAUUUUUAUCAGUCUGAAAUUCCUUAUUACUUGCCAGAAGGAGGUAUAACAAAAUGUUCUUUACCUUAUUCUGAUUUGGUUGAUGAGACUCCUGCUUGCGCCUCUUUGUAUAUUACUAAAAGUGCUACAGGAUUUACUGCUAAUGGUUUAGGUAUAUAUUCUUAUUUUCCCAAUAAAAAUGAAAGAGGCUCACAAGCAGGAGAAAAAGAAUUUUAUCAAGAUACAAUAAGAGCCAAGUCUGCAAUUAUAGUAGAUGCAGAAAAUGUUGUUUUGACUCAUGGAUUAACCCAUUUCUUAGAUGGAGAUUUAAGUAGUGGAAUUGAUAACGUAAUUCAGUAUAAAAGCAAUUUGUACUAUCCGGAAAAUAGUUAUGUUAAUGGAAGUACAAAUAAAAUAGGAUAUGCUUUUGAUGAAUUUCGCAUUGAUAGUGCUACAGUUAGUAGUAGUGAUGAGCUAUAG